AUGGAUAAUACAAAACACGUGCAUCUAGAUCCACAAGAAGCCAUAGAUCACAUACAAACACACCUUAUACAAAAAUCAUGCAUCCCCGCCAUCAAAAGCCUCCCCAUUGAUGAGGUUGUGCACAUAUACAAGCAAAUACUCAGAAUCAGAUACAUGGAGGAGCAGAUGAUCGACGAUUACAAAAAUGGGCUCAUUCGAGGGUUUUGCCAUCUCUCAGUAGGGCAGGAGGCGAUAUAUGCUGCCCUGGAAAAGGCUAGUAAAGACGACAUGGUUAUCUCCUCAUAUAGAUGCCAUGGCAUUGCAUAUGUCACUGGAUGCACCAUAUCUGAAAUAAUGGGUGAGGUGCUUGGAAGAGAAGCUGGCAUCUGUAAAGGAAAAGGCGGCUCUAUGCAUCUCUACAACAAGAAUUUCUUUGGCGGACAUGGCAUCGUAGGUGCUCAGGUCUCGCUUGGAUUAGGAAUAGCAUAUGCGCUGAAAUACCGCGCAUUUCAAAAGCCAGGCAUUCGCAAAGUUUGCUAUGCAUUCUACGGAGAUGGCGCUGCAAACCAAGGCCAAGUAUGCGAAUGCCUCAACAUGGCGUUGAUUUGGAAACUUCCUAUUGUGUUUGUGUGUGAAAAUAACGGAUAUGGCAUGUGGACGCCUUUAGAAAACGCCAGCGCCGAUGCUGAGUUCUUCCGUAGAGGCAAUCAGGUUCCUGGAAUCAGAGUCGGCCACGGCUCAACAUUUGCAAUCCUUUCCGCCAUGCAGUAUGCUAGAGCUUAUGCCUUGGACAACGGCCCUAUCAUUCUGCAAAUAGAUACACAUAGGCUUUGUACUCACUCAACCGCAGAUACAAAAGAUUACUACCGGAAAAAUGGUGAAAUACAAUCUGCAAAGGCAAACGACUGUGCUGUCGAAAUAAGAAACAAGCUAUUGCAAUUCUACUCAGAAACUCAGCUCGAAAUAAUGCAGCAAGACGCCCAUGACGAAGUCUCAAAGGCUACACAACUUGCAAAAAAUAGCGCCCAUACUCCUCAAGAACAGCUAUUCAAGGACAUUCUACUUUAG